UUUUUUUGAGGUACGAUCAGUAAUACCUUUUGGAACAUUUGACUUUCUUGGAGGUUGGAGAGAACCUACACAUUACUGGAAACUCAAGAACAAAAAAGACGAAGGUAGAAUGAAGAGAAUAUAACAGAAACAAUUGGAAAUAACACAAUAAAGAAGACGUUAUAAGUUACAACUAAAGUGUUAUUUGUGGGAAAUCCACUUAUUUGAUGGAUAUUUUCCAGGAUUGGAUGUCAGCUAUAUGACAGAUGGCUGCCUCCAUGAAGCUGAUUGUCACACUGUUCUUACUAAUUCAGCUGCCCAUUGUAGAGAACUUCAAUGUCAUUGCCCAGAAGAAACGGGUCAUAGCAACUAUUGGUAAAGAUGCCUUGUUAACUUGUUCUCUUAACCCAGCAAGUAGUGCUGAACAUAUGGAAGUCAGGUGGUACCGAUCCGUUCUGAGGCCUUAUGUACAUCUGUAUGAUAAUGGAACGAGUAACUACCAGGAGCAGAUGCAAGAGUUCCAUGGGAGGACAGAGCUGCUGACAGAGAACAUCAUAAAAGGAAACGUGACUCUCGUCAUUUAUGAUGUGAGACCUUCGGACGAAGGGAAGUACAACUGCUUUUUUGUGUCAAGUUCAUCCUAUAAUGGAGCAGAACAGGAGCUGAAGGUGACAGCAACAGGAUUGGAGCAUUUCACUCAUAUCGAGAAUUUUCAUCAAGACGGAAUAGCGGUAUCCUGUUGGUCUAAGGGCUGGUAUCCAGAACCUGAAGUAACGUGGAGGAGCAGUGAUGGCGCCAUUGUUCCUCAAUUCAAAUCUGAAGCAACCGUUGUAAAUGGGUUAUUUGACAUUCAGGCAUCCAUCAAUGUCAACUCAGGAUUUAGAUUCACUUGUGUUAUCACUAAUACCAUAUCGAAUGAAGUAGUGCAAUUAUCAAUAGCCAUAUCAGACAACAUUUUUGGCACAAUCAAAAAAAAGAGCAUAUCUCCUUUUAUUGUACUGGCAUCAUCUUUAUGUGCUAUUAUUAUCAUCUUAUGGGCUCUCUUUACUUCUUGGAGAAAGACAUUUCAUUCUAUGGAAGAAAAAAACAAAACGGAGAAAAAGAAAUUGACCGAGGACAUACAAAGAAAACAUGAGACAAUUGUUAAAAUGAAUAAGGAGAUAGAUGGACUGAAAUCAGACAAUGUGUUUCUCGGGAAUAUGCUGCAGUCUAUGAAAGUGGACAUUACCCUAGACACAGGGUGUAAUGGACUCAUCGUAUCAGAUGAUGGGAAAUGUGUAGAGCAGACCUCAAGAGGCAACAGAGAGUUGGGCUUUCUAGGUCUUCAAGAAUUCUCAUCGGGGAGACACUACUGGCUGGUGAAAAUACUUCGAAGUUGGCAUGGGUGUGUUGUGGGAGUUGCGGACAAGUCAAAACUGAACCCAGAUUUGCAUAUUCCCAGCCCCAAAAAUGGAAUUUAUGCUUUGUGGCUCUGGAAAGGAGAUUUUAAAAAUUGUCAAUCUCAAAAUAAUCACUUAACUAUACGGGUAUGGUUGGACAUUGAAAACAGGAAUAUUUCAGUAUUUUGUGACGAAACAAAAAUGUUAAUACACAAAAGGUACUUUGGCAAGUGCUUACAAGGACAUCUAUGUCCAUUUUUCCUCUUGUCCCCCGGGGCUGAAAUUGUUUUUUUAUGAAAAGUCAGCAUUGUUUAAUUUUUUUUUCAUUAUUGGUUAUUUGUAGAUUAUUUUAUAAAUAAAAUAAUACAC